AUGGAAGUCUCGCCCGUGCCAAGUGGGAAAUUAUCACAAUUAUUUGUGGUCAUCAAGGGCACUCAGGUCACAAUAUGGCAUGCGCCGGCAUCUGAGUUCGCGUCCUCUCCUGAGGCUUUCCUAGAUACGUUUGUCAAAGUCGUCACCCAAUUCGUUUGUCAGCCUCGCGAUACACGUCUACUUGACCUGGACGUCCUUGGUCCACACAACCGCACAGUCCUAGACUGCUGGGUAUCUUCAGAGCUUGUUCGAGUUGACAGAUGUAUCCACCAUUAUAUCGAUGAGCAUGCAAGGAGCUCGCCGGAUAAGGAAGCGGUUGUCGCAACGGAUGGCCCACUCUUCACCUACGCCCAGCUAUCAAGACUCUCCGACAAGCUGGCAGCCCACCUCGUGUCACUGGGCAUCAAGAAGGGAGACAUUGUGCCGAUUCUGUUCGACAAGUCAUCAGUGGCAGUUCUUGCCGUCAUAGCAAUCAUGAAGGCAGGAGGUGCUUACGUUGGCUUUUCUGCCGAGAGUCCCAUCAAUUUCCUGAGAGAAUGUGCGGCAGUAGCAGAUGUUCCCCUCGUCAUCACAAGCCGCCAACACGAUGGCCUCGUAACAAGAAUUGGUCGACCAUCGCUUGUCCUCGAUUCGGAAUUCCUUAGUUCGCUGGAGGCCUCUCCUGACCAAAGUUACUUCGAAUCCCCAGCCACGCCAUCAGACCUGGCUUAUCUGGUUUUUACUUCAGGCUCAACUGGUGUUCCUAAGGCAGUGAUGACGGAGCAUGCUGCGUACGUGACCGACGCCUUGGCACAGCAAGAGGCGGCGCUGCUGAGACCAAGCACGCGUCUGUUUCACUUUGCCUCUUACAAUUUCGAUGCUACCAACUUCGAUAUCCUCAGCACUCUGAUUGCAGGUGCUACAAUAUGCGUACCGUCUGAAUACAACCGCAUCAACCACCUUGCAGCCGAGAUCAACACUCUCAGAGCAAACUUCCUUGAGCUCACAGCGACCGUGGCACAGAUCCUUGACCCGCGCGAUGUGCCUGGCCUCGAGGUCGUCAUCUUGUGUGGCGAGGCGAACAGUCCCGAGGUCGUCGAGAAGUGGGUGUCUGCAGGGCUGGAUGUCGUCAAUGGAUAUGGUCCGUCAGAGGCGUCGUGUGCCUUCUCGUACAACAUCUACACGCGGCAGCAUCCCCAAGCGAAUAACAUCGGCCGCGCGCUCAGAAAUGCGUGCCAGGGCCACGUCGUCAAUCCGCACAACCACAACCAGCUUCUACCGGCUGGGGCGCUUGGUGAACUCCUCAUUCGCGGCCCAACCCUGGGAAGAGGGUAUCUGAACGAGCCAGAGAAGACCGCCGCCGUGUACAUUGACAAUCCCACCUGGCUCCACGACUCGACGCAGCAGGAGUUUCGACGUGUUUACAAGACGGGAGAUCUUGUACGUCAGCUUCCGAAUCAGUCGUUCGAGAUUCAUGGUAGAAUCGACAAGCAGGUGAAACUGAAUGGCCAGCGAAUCGAGCUUGGCGAUAUCGAACAUAAAGUGGCUCGACUGUUGCCUGAAUAUCAGUCCGUGGCCGCGGAGGUUUUGCAGCUGCCGUGGCAGGGAAGCUCGCGGACCUCGCUCUGUGCCUUUUACGCCCGAACGAUUGGUGGUUCUGUAGGGCCCCAGGCCACGAAUCUCAUUGAUCUGGACUCAGCUCCAAUCGAUAUUUCGAGGAUCAAGGCGUUGCUUGCAGAAGAUCUGAAGUCGAUCACCAUCCCCCAAGCCUUCAUUCCAUUGCGGUCUAUGCCAGUUACAACACAGGGCAAGCUCGACCGCAAAGCUCUACAGGGCCUCGGCAAUCAACUCAACCAUGCAACUUGGGCGAGAUUCUCUGGGACCAAGCUCGCUCACGAUCAUGUCACGGAUGACUUUGAGCACAAGGUUCAGCGACUUUACGCGCAAGUAUUGGACCUGAACGCUGAAACCAUUUUCCGAGACUCCGACUUCACUGAGCUGGGUGGCGAUUCAGCGAAAGCCAUCAAGUUUGUUUCCCUGGCUAAGAAGGUCGGCCUUAACGCCUCAGUACCUGAUGUACUCAGACAUCCUAAACUGGAAGAUCUUUCGAGGGUUCUACGCAACCGGCAACAAGACUUCGAUGCGAGGACGUAUGUCCCGUUCAAUGCAAUAAGGGAGAGCCACGACUUCAACGAGAUCCGCUCCAAGGCGGCUGGUCACAAAGCGAUCGAGGACAUAGAAGACGUCUUCCUAGCAACUGACUUACAAUCAUCUAUCCGAAAUCUGUGCGAAACAUGGGCUGCAAGACGUAAAUAUUGCCGUUCUAAAUAUUUCGUUGUGGAUACUGACAGAAGCCUCGCCUACCUUUACCAUGCACGACACCUGCAAUCCUCCCAAGCAAUCGAUUACUGGCGGCAGCUCCUCGCCGGCGCCAAGCCGACCCAGAUCGCGGCGCAGUCAGGCAUGCCGAGCUUCCAAGACUUCGUGGACGGCGUCCUGAUGCGAAAAGUCGAUACCCGCCUGCUGGACCUAGACCGUUCUUCCCUUCAGGACAGCAACAGCAGCAAGAUGGGGCACACCGCCAGCACGAGGGCCACCGUCGUCAAGACAGCCUGGGCGCUGGCGCUGGCCGAGCUGACCGGCCAGGACGACAUCCUCUUCGGCGCGACGGCGUGGGGCCGCAACGCCCCUGUGCCGAACGCCCAGGACGUUGUCGGGUGCUGCUCGUCGCACGUGCCUGUGCGGGCGCGGGUGGGCAUGUUCGGCACGUACGCCGAGCUGCUGGGGGACCUGCAGGCGCAGCACCUCGAGUCCAUGCGGUUCGAGAUGCUCGGUGCCAACACGAUCGUGCGGGAGUGCACCGACUGGCCAACUUGGACGCGGCUGUCGUCGCUGUUGGUGUUCCAGGGCUUGGAUAUCGACGGCGACGGGCAGAAGGGGAAGGGCGGCUCUGCUGAUGCUCGGGAUGGCGCCGCCCAAGCUGCUGGUGAGGUUAAGUUCACCGAGAUCAUGGACCCUGGGGACCGCGCGGAUGUUAUUCUCCAUGUUGAGCCGUUUGGUCAGGAGACCCGUGCGCUGAUGGCCUUCUCGAAGCGCAGGGUCCCUGAGAAUGUGGCGGAGGCCUUGAUGGAUGCAUUUGAGAGGUAUCUGGGACUGGUGUCGCAAUGUCCAGCGGACUCGAUCCGGCUGAGGGAGCCUAAAUCGCCUUUGUUAUCCACAGCCGCGCCACACGUGGGCGAAAUGUACGGUGCAAAGACGGGAGUAUGCGAAAAUGCCACGGCGGCGAGGGAACUCGUUCGAUCAGCAUGGACACAGAUUUUGGGGAUCGAUGAUGUCGAGUUUGAGAAGUGCGCCGCAGUACAGAAAGCAUUCCUCCAGAUUUGGGGCAACCCUGUCUCGGCAGCUGGCAUUGCUGGUCAUUUCAUGGAAUCGGGUGUCAUGGUGACGACCGAGGAGGUUUUGGAAUGCCCCUCUGCGGAAGACCAGAUCAGUUUGGUAUCCCGAAAGAUCGAGGCAGUUCUAGGAUAG